AUGGAACUUGUUUUGCGUGGUUUCUGCGCCUGCAAAGAACAAGUCACUUGUCGUUUUUCUUGUAUCUAGAAUGAAACAUACACGCAUACAUAAAUGCUUCAUGUCCUUUUGACGGUUUAGAGUCCACUACCGCUUUCAAAGUACCGUUGUAUGUCGAUUUGUCUUGGUUACGAUGAAGCUGAAACAUCUCAAGAGCAUAUUAGAUGAUGUCGACUCCUUUGAUUCCCCAAACGUUCACUUGGAACAGUACCCGACGCCACCGGACAUUGCUGCGCACAUGAUGCACCAUGUGUACAGCCAAGGGGAAAUCGAAGGCAAACUGGUGGCCGAUCUUGGUUGCGGAGCAGGGAUACUGAGUAUAGGUGCUGCCGUAUUGAAUGCGGGACUUACAGUGGGAUUUGACGUCGAUGCUGCUGCCCUGCAAGUGUGCUUGCAAAACUGCACAGACAUGGAAAUAAGUGCCGUGGACAUGGUACAAUGGGACCUCACACGGCCGCCCGACGCGCGAUGGCGAGGUGCAUUUGACACUGUUGUUAUGAACCCUCCAUUCGGCACGAGGACAAAGGGUCUCGACGUGGUUUUUUUGAAAGUCGCACUCUUCAUGUCAUCAGGUUCUGUGUACAGUUUGCAUAAGACUUCAACAAGAGAGCAUAUUAAGAAGAAAUCUGAUGAAUGGGGUGUCAACUGCAGAGUUGUGGCAGAGCUUCGCUAUAACAUUGACCGACUGUACACAUUUCACAAGCGGGACUCAGCGGAUGUUGCCGUUGACUUUGUCCAUUUCUCACCACGCAAAGUCCCAGGGAGCCCAUAGAUCACCACAUAUCUGGUUAGCACUUAUGUGGCCACUGUUAUAUGCAAGUGAUACCAUUGUUACACAGGCACGCUAACCUCAGUUACGACGAAUCUCACUUAACGUUGCUAUUUUUAAUCACAAAAUUGAGUGUCACGUAACUUUGCUUCACCCGAAAAGUCAUCCUUAGUUUGGGUCAUGAAGCAAGUCAUGUGACACCCAGUUUCGUGUUUGAAAAUGUAAAUGCUAAUUGAGGUUCAUUGUAAGUGGGGUUAGCGUGUCAGUGCAACAGGGGUAUAACACCUUUCAUAGUUGAAGAUGUAAAAACAGUUUAUUUGGAAAUUUUUACAAACAUGGGGUCAUGAUUCCAAAUUGCAUAUGUACAAAAGCGAGCCAUGCAUAUGAAGAACUUGUGGACAUGAGUCAUAUCUAUGUAGGCAAGUUCUACUCAUUACAAAACAACUCACAAAUCACAAUAUAUAACACAUUUGACAAUAGGGUUCCUGUAAGUAUGCUUUAUCACUUUUCAGUUUGCAAAGCAUAGUAUUAGUAUAUGUGCAGUUUCUUGCUUUGAGCUUCACUUAUCGGAAGGAUUAUAAGAUAUCUAAAUGUCAUUUCAAUGCUCUUGAGCUCUGAUAUUUGUUUAGAACAAUUAGGAAAGAAACAACAGUGCACAACACAAGACCAACUUUUUUCCUAGUGACCAGUGAAAAAGGCUCUUUGCAGCAGUCACGUAACACUGACAGCAUAUAUUAGCUUUGUUACUGAGAAAACUCAUCUCACCCUAAUAAAUGAAAAACAAAUAUUACAUAUAGAAACAUGUUUUCAACCGUUUGCUACUGCAUUACAGAAAGCAGGUAAAGUACAGUCGAACCCCUUUAUAA